AUGUCAGAAAUGGAUACAGGAAGUGGCAAUGGAGGGAAUGGUGGAAAUAGAAUUGACUUUGACCAAUUGGAGGAUAAUAUAGGUAGAAUAGCAAAGAAGCAAAAGACUACAAUGUCAAAAACAAUCAAAGAUAUAGAUACUAUCAUUUCAACAUUGAACUCAUCAAAGAAUCAAUUACAAUUACUAUCAAAUGUAGAAUCUGAUAGUAGUAGUAAUAAUACAAUGAGUAUUGAUAAUGAUAAUAAUAAUAAUAACAAUAAUAAUAGUAAUAAUAAUAAUAAUAGUAGUAAUACAAUGUUACCAAUGAUUAUAAAUAACCUUCAUAAAACUAUAUCGGAAUCAAAGUUAUGUUUAAAGAUGCAGUCUGAACACAAAGAAUUACAUGCACCCAUUUCAAAGAUGGGCAAGUCGAUUGACAAGUGUGUACGAUCCGACAUUGAACAAUCGACAAAAGAUAUCGAUUUCGACAACAAUACACUGAACCAGCUGAUACUCAAUCAUCUCUACAGAGAGGGACGCUUUGAUAUUGGUGAUAUCUUCUCUGAGGAGAUGCACCUAGACUCGAAUGCCAACGAUCAACUCAAAUCGAAAUUUGUAGAUCAUCACGACAUAUUGAAUUCAAUCGAUAGAAAAGAUUUACAACCUGCAAUAAAUUGGUGUAAACAUAAAAAGUUACAACUUUCAAAGUUGGAUUCAUAUUUGGAGUUUAAAUUACAUCGAUUGCAAUUCAUUCAUUUGAUGUCGACGAAUAAGCGUCAGGAUGCUCUCGUCUAUGCUAGGAAGCACUUUAAUCAGUUCAGUGGACACAAGAUGAAAGAUAUUCAAACGUUGAUGGGAUCGUUUAUCUAUGCCGACAGGCUAGAGAGUUCACCGUAUGCCAGUAUAUUCAAUGAGCGCUCGAUUGACAAUCAGUGGCGAGACAUCAAGAGUUGCUUCUCAAAGGAUAGCUUCACUCUGAUGGGACUACCACAAGAGUCGCCACUGUUCAUCACUGUCACCGUCGGUAUGAAGGCACUGCCCACCUUUAUCAAACUCUCAACAUUCUCAGUGUUGCGCGACGUCAACGACGAGUCACUCACCGUCGAGGUCAACGUCGAUCAACGCUACAAAUAUCACUCGAUCUUCUCAUGUCCAGUGUCACGUGAACAAAGCACUAAAAACAAUCCACCCGUUCUUCUUCAAUGUGGACAUCUACUCUCAAAGAAUUCAAUGACCAAAUUAAUUAAAGGUGCAUCUGGUAAAUUUAAAUGUCCAUAUUGCCCAACAGAACAAAACGCAAAAGAUGUGAAAACAAUUUUUAUUUAA